AUAAUCCGCGCGACAAACGCACCCACACUUCACGACCAUCGUUGCUUCGUGAGCCUGUGUUCGACCGGCUGGAGAACAGAAAGAGACCGAGAAAGAAACGGCGAAGAUAGACUUCUCUCCACCUGUUGCGCGAACCCGCGUAUCCGUUCUGGGCCGCCAUGUCGACGCGCCGGCCAAUCGCGGCCACCCAUUGGCUGCGUGGAAUGGUGGGGAACGCAACAGCGCACCCGAUUGGCUCGCCACCUUAUUCUUCCCCACGUCCCACGGGAGUCUAGCCGCGCCGGUAGAAGAGAACCCCGUUCUGCGGGUUCGUCCCAGAUGCUACGCGCUCCGCAAAGUUCCUGAGGGAUCUCGCGGUCCUGUCAGUGCACCAAAAGGACUCGUGUCCGUCAGACCAAGCACUCGUCCGAACACAUCAUGGGAACCCACCCCCGGAAGAGUUAUUAACGAACAAUUGUACCGUGACGACUGAGGCUGACGAUGAUCUUUUAACUGAAAGAGUGAAAAUCUCUUUAAUUCGGCGUAAGAUUCUUCAAGAACGUAUCAGGAAGCUAUAGAGUCCAUUGUGCAAAAACUUCAGUGAUUGACAGACGAAUGUAUAAUUUUGUUGAAGAUGAAUUCGACGAUUAGAAGACUCUAAAUUCUUUUAUGGACGGAAUUGGAAAUUGCCGAAAGCGUUCAUAAUAUUGUUGCGAACGUGUCGGAUAUUUAAAAAAUGCACCGGCUUUUGAGGAAAUACUUGUCAGCUGAAUCAUCGUCUGGGGAUAUUUUCAAGACUUUGCCGUCGGUUGCGACAAUGGCAUAAAGAUUUACUUAUUUCUUCGUAUCAAAACUUAUUAAUUUUCAAGAUACUUUAUACCUUCACGUGGAACUAUUUAGAGAACAUUCAAGGAAAUUUAAUAUCAUCACAAAGCUUUAAAGAAUGUUUUAAUUGUCGGCUUGUCACUUUCGUGCAGUGAGUGUAUACCAAUUUUUGAGAAAUCAAAGAAUAAAUAUUAAUUGUGAUCAGCCAAAUUCAAUCGAUGCUACACCAUGAAAAUGCUCAAUUAUUUACGAAAAAAACAUCCCAGAACAUAUUGUAUUUGAGGAAAAGCUUAAUCAGCAAGAUCCUAAAAGUCUUCGAUAAUUGAUAUUGAAGUAUCAUUAACUGAAGAUGUUCUAAACAUUACGAAGAAAGACAACAGGAUGCAACCUGCCGAAAGCUACCUCAUCUACGUAAGAUAGGAGUGAUCUCUGAAUUUAUUAAAAAUGUCGUGUUUUUGCAAAAAGAACAAUUAGAUUCAUCAGCCAGACCAGAAGAGAGUGAUUCAUGGAGAUGUCGUCUAAGACCUUGCAUAACGAACACAUCAAGCGACCGAUGAACGCCUUUAUGGUGUGGUCGCGUGGUCAACGUCGCAAAAUGGCACAGGAAAAUCCAAAGAUGCACAACUCGGAGAUCUCGAAGAGGCUUGGCGCCGAGUGGAAGCUGCUAAGCGAGAGCGAAAAGCGUCCUUUCAUUGACGAAGCAAAAAGAUUAAGAGCUCUUCACAUGAAAGAGCACCCCGACUACAAGUACCGGCCGCGCCGGAAGCCAAAGUCCCUGGUGAAGAAGGAGAACAAGUUUGGCUUCUCGAUAUCGCCGCUGAUAUCGGCCGGCGACAGUCUGACCAAUCUACCACGUGGUCUUCUGCCGCCACUGGUGCCUCCUGCACACCAUCCGUUGAUAUCGCACGAGGACCUGAAGAUUCCACGUUUUUUCCCGCCAUUUCCCUAUCCACUCUAUCCGCUGCAACACAAGCUGGGCGAUGAUUUCAACGGCGGCAAACUCGCCGCCGAUCUAGCUCUGCAGGCCCUGUACGGCGGUGGGGCUUUUUAUCCGAGUCAUCAAACAAUAUCCUGGCCGGCAGGUCUGUCGACAGCCGCCUGCUUGCAGCCCAAUUGCAGCUGUCCAAGUCCGCCCAAAGAGCCCAAGAGGCCGUUUCCACCAUCCAAGAUGGAUGAUCCACCUUUUCCGAGCCCGGCCAGAGCUGAUGACGACGCCAUCAUCGCAGAACGGGAAGAGUCUCGAUAUCGGAAGCUCGAGGAAGACUUUUCCGCCGGUUUGGACAGGCAUCAUCAUCAUCAUCAUCAGGAAGAUCGUUCCCAGGAUCGCUUCUCCUCGUCCUCGUCUUCCUCGCCACCCACAGAACAAUCAGAGAAACCUGCAGUGUCAACAACGACGACGACGACCUCAUCCUCAUCAUCCUCAAGCAGCAGGAUCGACAGCGCUUUCUCCGUUCAGAGCCUCACAUCAAGUUCGUCAAGCAGCUCAGGCUCGCAACGUGGACCUGUCAUAUGAAGACCGCUUCCGGUUCUCCCGGAUCUGAACUUCCGGGGGAGCCUGGUGCCGGCCGCGUGGCCAGCCGCUGAUUGGUGGAGGGUCGCUCCAAUGCUCUCGCCGAUUCCGCAAACAACGGUGACGAAUCUGAGCACCGGUGUUCUCAAAGAAGACAUCGUCCACUUCCAGGAUGAACAACAGAGGAACUCGACAGUCAUGUCGAGAUCGCCGCGGAGCAGCGUGCACGUCGCUAAUGUACAGUGAUCCAAUCGCGACUACCGGCGAAAUCCGUGAGACUCACUCGAAUGAAUAUUUCGACGGCUCAUAUCCGGAAGCGAACUAGUGCGGUCUCAUAAUCCGGAAGGAUCGAAGUCCCGCUGAACGUGAAAUGCUCGUUCCUCUAACGAGGACUGGAACAGUUAUCCUGUUCAGACAUCCUUCGUGUAACGCGAUCGGCAACUAGUGAAAAUAAUAAUUGAAGUGCUUCCCCGAGAAACAUUGCUCGACGAAUAGGCCGCAUCGGGAAAUAACUUUGCGACUGGCGGAACUGUGCUGGCGAACAUAGAGACGGGGAAUCGAUACUUCGCUGCGGCCCCGAAAUCCCACAAAGGGCGGCGCAAAGGGUCCUCCCGACCGGAUCGUGCACGCGAAGCUGGAUGCUAGAAGAGUCCAAUUUUGAUGAGAUAACCAACCCUCUCGCAUGCCACAUAUUACGGGGGCGGGCGGGUGCAGGCGCGGGCGCGAGCGCGCCGGGGAUGGACACGGUGGGGAAGAAAAAAGAGCUCUUCCAGCGGAGGCAAAUCUCUUCUUUGGGACGCGGCCGUGCGAAAUAAGCCAAACGUUCUGAAUGCUAACGUGGAGGCGCGUACCCCCGAGAGCGACGCGAUAUUCGUUGUACCUUGCGCGGCGCCGCGCCGGCUUUCGCGACGAAAGCAUCGAUACGAAGCGGAAUGGAAGACGCGUGGCUGACUGACUGACUGACUGACUGGCUGGCUGGCGACGAGCACCUUUUUCUGAACGUUACAGGAAAGCCAUUUUCGUAGGUUUCCUAUCUUUCGCAUUUCUCAUUAAGGACGCAUUUCGUCAACGUUGAAUUGGAAACCCGAGUUGCGAAACAUUCGAUUCGAGUCUCAUUUCUCUCGUCAUACCGCGAAGCGUUGUACCGAGCAUGGUUCCUCCUUUCUUUUUAUUGAUAAUCUUGACUUAAUUUGGUUUACUGAGAUUGGCGCAUAGUUUCAGGCAAAGCUCUGUUUCAUGCGACCUCGUUUUGUUGCGCGUAACGAUUAUUGUUGACUGUUAAGACGAGUCGUAAUAUUAUCACGUUUAUCGAGGGAAAUCCGAUUUCUCCUUCUUGUAGAAAUUUCCGCUCUAAGUAUCCCUAACGACCGUAGCGAACACUGAUGCGAGUUCAUUAGCGUGUACCCUAACGGGAGUAAGACACAUGUAAAGGUAAAGCAUAUCUAACGCAUAGACGUAUCCUCUCUCUUUCCUCUUCAUAUUUCUUUCUCUUUCUCUUACACAUAUUUCCACAGAUACGAACACGAACACGGAGACACACACACACACACACACACACACAUAUACAAUUACACAAUUCACAUCACGGACAUAGUGACGCUUCGAUUAACUCAAUUAAGCCGGGAUAAGGAUAACGCAGAUGCACCACGUUUAUCCUCGCCUUGAUGAUUACUAUUGUUAAUUACUGCUGUAACAUAACGCAACGUUUGUAAAUAAAUCUCGAUCCGAAUUAAAAAAA